AUGUCUCUCCCUACUCAUUUCACCCUCAACACCGGAGCGAAAAUUCCAACCGUUGGAUUCGGAACAUGGCAAGCUAAGCCCCUCGAAGUGGAGAAUGCCGUCGAAGUCGCAUUGAAGCAAGGAUACCGGCACAUUGACUGCGCAGCUAUCUACCGCAAUGAAACAGAGGUUGGAAAUGGAAUUCGGAAGUCUGGAGUCCCCCGCGAGGAAAUCUUCAUCACUGGAAAGCUGUGGAACACAAAGCACGCACCUGAGGAUGUUGAACCGGCGCUCAACAAGACGCUGAAAGACUUGGGUGUCGAAUACCUUGAUCUUUAUUUGAUGCACUGGCCUUGCGCUUUCAAACCUAGUGAAAAAUGGUUCCCUCUCGAUGACAACGGCGUGUUCCAGCUCUCCGACAUCGACUACAUUACCACAUACAAAGCGAUGGAGAAACUACUAGAAACUGGCAAGGUCCGCGCAAUCGGCGUGUCUAACUUCAACGUUCGUCGUCUCGAAGAACUCCUCUCCCAAGUUUCCGUCGUCCCCGCCGCGAACCAAAUUGAAGCCCACCCCUACCUCCAACAGCCAGACCUCCUCCGCUUCUGCCAGGACAAGGGUAUAAUUGUCGAGGCAUACUCACCACUCGGUAACAAUCAGACUGGUGCACCGCGUACAGUUGAUGACCCUGUUGUACACGAAGUUGCGGGACAGCUGAGCAUGGAUCCUGGGCCUCUGCUCGCGAGCUGGGGCGUGCAGCGUGGAACCGUUGUGUUGUCGAAAAGUGUCACCCCUUCCAGAAUUGUGGCUAACUUGCAAGUCAAGCAUUUACCUAUGGAUGCCCACAAUACUCUCACGGCUCUUGAGCGGCAUAAGCGGUUCAACUUCCCGGGCAACUGGGGGUAUGAUAUCUUUGAAGAGGUUGGAGAGGAGGCUGUUCGCAAGAUCGCAUUGGAAGCUGGGCCUGCGAAUAAGAUCAAAUUUACGGUUUAG